UAUCUAUUUACUAGGAAGCGUGAAAACAAAGCCUACGUACUGAAUGUGGAGUCUAAACAAAUUCCUGUGUACUGUCACAUGGAAGCUGCUGAGCUUGGAGCAUGCGGAGGAGGUGGAUGGACGCUCGUCAUGAAGACCGAUGGCACCAAGGUAGCAGCAGCGGUGCAACAACUUUAGUAUUCAUUGUUAAUAUAUUGCCCGCGCCGCGUUCAUGAUUGGAUCCAAUCCCUCGACUAAUUAUUCUUCAUAGCCAACCGCCGCUUACCAUAUUUGGAAGAUGUAGGAAAUACAUAUGAUCGAUUUCUAUGGUUUAUUUAACAAGAAUCGCCGAGAGGCGAUUUUAACUGGGCUGCAAAGGGGCUAUGUUUUCUGAGGGGAGGGGGCGGCUAUACACACUCGGGGGGGCUACCAUAAAACCUUGUCGUCGCCGACCAUUGCAUGCGACAGAAUCUCAUGUGAGACUGCAAGAUAAACUCAUUCAGAACAUUGUACCGUUUUGAAAGACUUUCAUGACCGAAAAAAAGAGUACCAUUUUUAAGUGGGGGCCGUAUAAUAACUUUUAAAUUCCACCAUUAUGAGUAAAAAUAAACAAGUUAGCCAUUAAUUCUAAGCGGGAAACGAUUUGCCUUAUUUUCACGCUCCCCUCCCCUCCCCCAAUCACCCCCCAAAAUAUAGCGUGACAGUAUAACGUGACUAAUUUGACGUAACCGGAAAUUCCAAAAAUUGUUGUCGUUCUACGAGCAUAAAAUGCGACAGACUGAGCUGAUUUACACUAGACAGUAAUAUUGCAUUGUAUCAAAACCAGAAGUUUAUUAAAACAGACAGCCAACUGCCCACUGAUCCCGCCUGAUCCAGGGGCCUCACUGACUGCACUGAGACUUUGUAUAUACUGCACGUUUCACAAACAUGCCAACUCUAAACGCUGUGGCUAUAUGGCCGGUAACCGGUCAAGGUUUUCAAAACACUAAAUGGCCGGCAGUCCUAUAUUCUCAGUAAAUUUCACAAAAUCGAAAGAUUCUAGCUAAUCUAAACUAUGCAUAUGUCGAUUAAGACAAUUAAGUAAAGCGAUCCUGAAAUGCUUUAUAGAUCUCAAGUCUAGUGUUUGGUUUACGCUGGGCUCAGAAGACGAAACCGUGUUUUGUGACACUUAAAACUUUUUUCAGCUAGACUGCCGGUCAGGUUUUCAAAACACUAAAUGGCCGGCAGUCCUAUAUUCUCAGUAAAUUUCGCAGUCCACUCAGUGGCAAAGAACGAAUAAUACUCGAUAUUAAUUCUGUACAUCAACGCAAAGUUAAGAUUACCUUGUACAAAAAAGGUUUUUUGUUUCAUCAUAACGUGGAUGAUGAAGUGUAUUUCAGCUCCAGAAGCAGCAGACCCAACUAUUAAACGCGUGAAGACUUUUCCCGCCGGUUUUCCGCGGAGGCCGUUUGAAAGGUCAAGAUGUUAUAACGUCAAACGUCGCCUAUCACGCCAUGCUUUGGACAGAAAAUAGUAACGAACAUCCAAAGACUCGAGACCAACAAAAACAUGAUAUAGAAAUCCCACAAAACCGGCUGGUUUGAUCAGGAUAACGACUUAUGAUAGUUCAGAACGGAUGAAUUUUUUCGAUUUGUGAAAUUUACCGAGAAUAUGAGACUGCCGGUCAUUUAGUGUUGUUAACACCUUGACCGGUUACCGGCCAUAUAGCCACAGCGAACUCUAAAAUUCAAAAGCCACCUUCACAAUUGUGUUUUUCGCUGCCGUCAUAAUUACGAUCACAAGCAACGAACCUUGAAACAGAGAAACACACAAAACGGAUCGAAAUCCAAAAAUCACAAACCAUGACCUUUUGAACCCGUGAAGUAAAGUUUUGUUUCCUAGGAGGUCCGUUAAGAUGAUUGACAGCAGCGAAAAACGCAAUCGUCGGUUGGCUUCUGAACUUCAGAAUCAGUAAAUAGACGAUCCUAAUUUGCAUUGCGGUCUACAGUCUACAUGAAACCGCACUAUCUUUUCCACAAGAUAAAAAAUAUUCAGUUUUAAGAUUUUCCUCUUGGUAUUUUUCUCUAAGACGAUCCUAAUUUGCAUUGCGGUCUACAGUCUACAUGAAAACGCACUAUUUUUUCCUCAAGAUAAAAAAUAUUCAGUUUUAAGAUUUUCCUCUUGGUAUUUUUCUCUAACUUAAAGGAAUAAAAUCCUUUGCAUUUUGUGACCUAAAAAAGUUUAAAGAUUUCUCGCUCGCAUGUUGCUUUCAUCAGCACGCACUUCAAACUAUGUAAAUAGAUGAAACGAUCGAUGACAUAUUUUUUACCUGAUACCGAUAUGAGUUAAAAAUUCGCUCGAGUUCACUGUUUGUCUCGCCCCUGACUAACUUUUCUUCAUGGAAGAUAACUAUGCCGCUUUAUAACUCCUCCAAAGUUUUUGUGCCAGCUAAACAAAAUGGAAACACUAUUCACAGUCCUUGGAUAUUAAAAAGACUGAACGUGACGCACAAUUGUGCGUUUAACUGUUUCCUUCUGAUCACAUCUUCAAGCGAAGUCUCUCUUUUCAAGCGAUUCAUCUCAAGGCACAAUAAUUGACCCUUAUAUUAGUUAAAGCCCUAUGGUUCAUUCAUAUUAAUGCUGUUUUUGCCCCUCACAUUGACUGUGUUCGUUCGUAUUCAAAACACCUUUACGAAAAUAACGGUCGUAUAAGUCACGUGUGUUAUGUUUCGAGAUAAAUGGAUUAUACGCUUUUUUAAGUUUCCAUUUUGCGGUGACUUCAGUUUACAUCUCCAUAAAAUGGUAGAAGAAACAUCAAGAAGCAUCACGAGAGCUGAAAAUUUUCAAAGGCAUGUUUCUGAAACUCGCUAAUGCUGACAUCAAUAUAGCGUGCUUGCUGAAUGGGAGAAAACACAGAAUUGUGAUCACAAGAUCAUGUACAAAUUUAAUGAUAAAAGGGAUGUUACUAAAACGGGGAACGGGGAGCGGGGAGCGGGGAACGGGGAACGGAAGUCUGGGAACGAGUUGUCAGCGGAAACCUCCACAAAAAUCCAAAAUGGCGGUCCAAACAACGAGAGAGAGAAAGAAGAAGACAAAGAAAGGAAUUCGUGCCUUGGUUGAAAUCAGGUGGGGACGAAAUUGCAAAUCCGACUCACAUUUUACGUUUACGUUUUGAGCAGGUGGUAUGUUUUUUCGAUAUUCAACCUGUUUCAUUUACAAUAUGAUAAGGUCUUAGGUCUUAGUUUUCGAGACACCUGGCACACUCACAUUACUCCUGGAUUACUCCGUUUACAUUAGACCGUCGCUUAAUCCUGCCUGUUUAUCCCCCUGAAUGUUCUCUUUUCCACUCAGACAAACUCUUGGAGAGUAAAGUUUUUAUCCAAGCCCAUUAUAUGCCCUGUUUUGAGAAUGCUUGGUAAAUAACUCGCAGGCAUUGUAAUGAGAAAUAAACGUGAAAUUUAUUAAUGCAUGUACAUAUAGUGUUCUCGCGUUCUGUGCUUGAGUCAAACUUUGUACAGCUAUUAGUAUUUAAAACGAACGGCUAAAACUUGUUUUUUACAAUUUUUUUAUAACUGGGAAAGCUUGUUGUUGUUGUUAGUGUUAUAUUAAAGUCAUUGAGUGAUGAAUUAUGAAUCGUGUAAGGUCAGGGUUUAGCAUUGAAAGCAGGGUUAAGCACUGACUUCAAGAAGGUGGUGGACAAAACACUGACCCCCAUUCCAUGAACUACCCCCAAUGACUACCCUAAAAUGGACUAUGCCACUGAAGUUAAGUGAUUAGGGUUAGGAAACUGAGUGAAUCAGGUUCGAUUUAGGGUCCUUAUACUGGGAAAACUGACCUAAAACUUCAUUCACUCAGUUUCCUAACCCUAAUCACUAAACUUCAGGGGUGUAGUCCAUUUUAGGGUAUGUCCAUGAAGUGUAGGUCAGUGUUUUGUCCACCACCCUUUCCCUUUGGGAAAAUGCUUUAACUCUUUUCUGACGGUCAAAAUUCGGCAUAAAUCAAACCAUGGAAAACAGUUGUGGUCAAAAAUUCAUAAAAUAUAUAUUACACGCUUAAAUUGUUCAAGUAAUAUACCAUUUUAAAGCUUAUUUACUGUAGAAUUAAAUUGAUCUUCUAAAAUUCUACUCGCUACAGAUUAAGUCUACAUUUUUUGCCAUUCAAUGUGGGUUGUAGCUUGGAAAAUGUACCAUUUGAAACGGUGUUUUCCACAAAAUUGCCCACAUGAGCCCUCAAAUGAAAUAAAAAGUACAGAUUUCUGUUUCCACAAAGGUUGUUGAUGCUAAAAAUCUGUAAAAAUAUGGCUUGAACGGAGCGCGAGUGAGAGAGCACUAAACGAAGGCUCACCUUCUGGCGUAUUUUCCUUGAAAUUCUGCCAUACAAGUCCUUUACAAAGUUUGAGGUGUGUUCGAAGUAAUACGAGAAAAAAACAAUAUUUCUGGCAAUAUUUUGUCAUUUUUCAUAAAUAAAAAGCAAAUUCAUGCCCAGAAAACGUUCUUUUUGGAAAGUACUUCAUGUAAGACAGACGCUACCCACAAUUUUAACGCUGACCAGUUAAACGGCUCUGGUACAUAUUUGUACCGCACUGAGUGACUUCGUCAGAAAAGAGUUAAUCUUCAACCAAAUUCUGUCAUCUAAAUCUUUAACGAAAUGUAAAGAGAUAAGUGUGGACAAUGUUAUUUGUAUGUAGAUAAUGAAGCUUAGAGGGUUAAGGUAUGAGUAGGUAUGACUAGGAUCGUUAUGUCGAGUUAACCAAAUGGGUUAGGUAGAAACUAACAUGUCUGUAAGUGGCCGCCUAAAUACUUUUAUGAUAUUGUAUAGUUCCCUUCAUAUACAUUACUCUUUAGCAAAAAGGGGGCCAGCGCAUUUCUUUAUAUCAAGCGAUAACGGGUUGAUAAUAGAACCCUAUGCCAGCAAAUUGUUACAGUCAAGAGAUCUCUACCAAAAUCCUUCACAACAAAGGAGUAUCUUUAAAAAAAUGAUGAGAAUUUGCUUUUACACCCAUUUUAUAUUCAGAAUGACAUUUCAAAUUGAUUUUGAUAUUUGUAUCUUUUGACCAUAGCUAAAGCUAUUUUUCAAGAAAUUGGUGCGGGGCAAUGGAACAGCUAGUUUGUUUUCAGAGUUCCUUAAAUUAUAAGGUGGAUUAUAUUUAGGGAAAAGAGAACCAAGAUAGUCGGGCGCAAGACCAUGUAUAGAUUUAUAGACCAUGGUGGCCACUUGUAUUUGUCGCUGAGUAUCCAACCGUUUCCAGUUGAGUUGCUCAAGAAGAGGAUCAGCGCUUGUAAGGUGGAUUAUAUUUAGGGAAAAGAGAACCAAGAUAGUCGGGCGCAAGACCAUGUAUAGAUUUAUAGACCAUGGUGGCCACUUGUAUUUGUCGCUGAGUAUCCAACCGUUUCCAGUUGAGUUGCUCAAGAAGAGGAUCAGCGCUUGUGUCAUAACUGGAGAAGGUUAGAAUACGGGCAGCCCGGUUUUGCAACUUUUGGAACUUAUUCGAAAGACUUUUGUUACAAUGCCCCCAGACCUCGGUGCAGUAAUUAAAGUACGGUUGAACUAAGGCAUUGAAAACGGACUCCAGCGUGGUUCGAUUAACAAAAGGCCUACAACGUUUAAUUGCUCCAAUGCCCGAUGCGAUUUUCUUGGCUAUUUUUUCAAUGUGCAUAUUCCAUGAAAGGUUUUCGUCUAUAUGCACACCCAGAGAUUUAACCGAGCUAACUUGUUUAAUUAUGUCACCACCUAUGAUUAGUUUAGGGGAAGUAUCGUAAGUACCUAACCUUUGCCGCGAUCCAAUUAACAUGAACUCAGUUUUAGAUGAAUUGAGAGUCAAUUUGUUUGCAGUGAGCCAUGUAUUAACAUUGGAUAGGUCGUGAUUCAUGACAUCAUUGAUCGUUUCUAUGUUGUUACUGGCAAAGGUCAGGUGAGUAUCGUCGGCAUACAUACGUGCAACUGAAUUAGACAGGCAAUUAGGAAGAUCAUUUAUGUAUAAAAUAAAAAGCAAAGGUCCUAGAAUUGUUCCUUGCGGAAUGCCACAAGUGAGAAUUUGACUAUUUGAGAGCGAACCAUUUACGAAACACUGUUGAUUACGAUUAUCUAGGUAUGACCUAAACCAUUCAUAAGCGUUACCGCGGAUACCAUAUUCGAAUAAUUUAGACAGAAGAAUUGUAUGGUCAACGGUAUCGAAAGCUUUUUUUAGGUCGAGGAAAACUACUGCAUUUACACUGCCUUUAUCAAUGUUGAAGGCCCAAUCGUUAGUGGCCUCCAACAAGGCAGUAACAGUUGAGUGGAGCGAACGAAAACCAGAUUGUUGGCUGGAAAUCAAAUUGUUUUCAGUAAGAUAACCGUAAACCUGGUCGUAGAUGAUACGUUCAAACACCUUAGCUACUAUAGGGACGAUAAACAGCUUUUAAACAAUAAGCUGAAAGGAAGCUAAGAUACCGUCAGCUUUUGGAUGGGGAUACAGGUAUUGAAAUAUCAAAUUUUGAAAACUGCCAAUCCAUACUUGUCCGCACUGUAUGGGAGUCCGUUGUGUAAACCAUUCCGGCUCAUGUUUAAAAUUAGCUGUUAGUUACUUAUUUAAGCUUUGGUAUGAAUGGGGUAUAUGGGCGUGAUUUCAAUCCAGUGCAAUCCUGGCGCAAGUUUUAUUUUAAUAGCGUUUCGGAUGAAUUUUUAGUUUUAUAAUGAAGGACCAGAAUUUUGUACGAAGACUGGUUUGAUUUAAUUUUUACCCUUUUUUGGCAUAUUUUCUACCAUAUUAAUAUUGUUAAGCAAAAGUGGGCGAUCCGAGAUAGCCCAUGGGGAGAAUCUUGUGUGCCGCUCGCGAAAAUGUUACCGCGGAGGUUUCUUACAAGAAUAGGGCUUUACUGACAAACCAUGAGGCUAAUAUGGCUCGAAUUCGGCUGAGUUUUUUUUUAUUUGCGUUUUUAUGAACCGAGACCGACUUGAGGUCCAUAAAAACGUGGAAAAGAACCAGCCCAGUAUCCAGUCAUAUUGACCGAACAUUUGGUAAAUAAAAGAUUUAUUACAUGCCCAAAAAGGAAAUUGUUUCUCGUGAGAAGGGGCACAGACCACAGGAUUCGCUUCAUCUUGACGGGUCGUAAAACGGCCUGUCAUAUAGUGUAGCCUCUUCACACUGGCUCACUAGCAGAACCGAGAUGGCGGCCAUUGACCAUCAUCACGACGAAAUGUUUAGAGGAAUCUCGCCAUAUCACGUCAUUAAUACCUUAGCGUGGUUAUUUAUUAUUUAAGGUCUUCAUGGCCUAAAUAUUCUCAAAACUGUAUGUGGAGGCCGGGAGAGGAGGUUGGAUGUGGUUGUUCCCAAAGCCAACACGACCAAAUUGAAUAGUCUUGCCAACUUUUGGAGUAGAAUGUGACCAAGAUGACAUGUGAAAAUGGUCUGUUAAUUUACGAUAUAUGACUAUCAUUUUCUUCUUUUAUCUGUUUAGAGAACCUUUCACUACGAUUCCACAUUGUGGACCGACACGAGGGACUAUGAUUCCUCUUCAGGGAAUACCCUGUUUGAUCAUCAAGAGACAAAAUUACCCACCUACUGGAGCACACCAUUUUCUAAGAUCUGCCUCGCUAUGAAGAUCGACAGCCAAGUUAAAUCGAUCGUCAUCUACAGACAGGCAAACUCCUUGUACUCCUUGAUCGCUGACGGAGAAUAUCGUUCGACCUCAUUGGGUCGUAACACGUGGAAAAAGCUGAUUGGCAUACAGGCUUCGCUGCAGAAAAAUUGUAACCGAGAGGGUUUCAAUUCUGGGACAUCAUCAAGAAGGGCAAGAAUUGGCAUCAUUAGUAACAACGAAAAUGAUUGCAAGACGUGCGACUCCAGAAUUGGGUUUGGUACCGCAGGGCACCCUGAUGAUAGCAACACCUGUGGAAACGUAGCAAGGUAUGGUGGGGACAAUGGCGAUAAGCACAUAAAAGCCAUGGGUUACAUCUUGGUGCAAUGA